AUGUUCAGAAUUGCUAAAAAUCUGGUUAAAACCCUUGAACAAACCGUGUCAGACACCGUUGCAAGAAACAACAACAAACUAGACGUGUUCUUCCAGUCUAUCCCACCAAAUCUAAUCGCAUCACAAUUCAACCAAGAUUCAAACAACGACUUCACCCUACCCAACAACGCAAACGAACUCAUAUCAGGUCUGAGAAUCCUUUACGUCGAAGAAUGGCAACUACAGCUACAAUCCUUUUUCGACUAUAUUGUCGGUGUCAACGAUUUCCCAUUACCCAUGUAUAUCAACAACUACGGAUUCAUGUAUCCAGAUUAUAACGCCAUAUUGAACCUUAUCAACGAUUCAAUCGGGACCGGGUUCGUCAAGUUGAAUAUCUGGUCUGCUAAAGGUGGUAGGUUCAGAGAUGAAUAUAUUAAUUUGGCCCAGAGAGACGAAAAUGAUAUGGACUCAAUCUCUUUGGAUAUUAAACCUUCUAUAGAUAAUGAUCAGGAUCCAAAUUCUACAUCACAACAGCAUCAACAACAACAACAACAACAACUGUACUCAUCGUCUACCGGAAUCACCGUUCCUAUACUAUUCAAAUCCCUUGGGUUUAAAGUUCAGUGGACUCCAUUGAUUGCAGCCACUUUCACUUACCAUAUCUUACAAUUGAACAUUGACAACGGACCAGCACAAGUGGCUGGUUUGAUCCCGGACGAGGACUAUAUUAUUGGCUGCCAAGAUGGUUUAUUAGCUACUGGUGGAAAUGAACUGUUAGCUGAUGUAGUCAGGUCAAGAGCCAACCAAUCCUUGGUCUUGUACAUCUACAACAAGGUCUCUGAUUCAGUUAGACCAGUCACUGUUAAUAUUGGUCCCGAUGGUAGAUUGGGUUGUAAUAUCGGUUAUGGGUUUUUACACAGGAUCCCCACGACAAAGAAUUUCGAACAAAUUAACAGCAACAUAACCACAACCACAACACUAAACACUGGUGUGUCUAUCACUAAUCCAACUAAUAUGAAUAAUGAUCAAACUUUUAUACCUAAUACUAUCAAUACUGCAUCUGCUGCACCUCUACCAUCACCAACAUCAACAACUUCCAGAACAAAUAAGAAGAAGAAGCAUACUCAUUCUACUACAACUGCAGAUAUGAAUGACUAUUUCAAUGAAGGUAAGGAUCCAAGAACGUCUCAAAACAAUGAGAACACCUCAUCUAUUCCUCCACCGCCCAUAAUCCCACAUUAA